CAGAUAGGGAGGAGGAGCAGGAUGUAUUUGGUGUUCAUGGGGAUUCUGAUGACCAGGACAUAGUACUUGUAAACCUAGGCUAUAACUAUCUAAUUAUAGUCCAUUGUUCCUUAACAUCACGAGCUGAUGGGCCUAAUCUUAUUUUUUUACUAUCAUUGUUAUUUUAAAAUGAGUGUGACGUUUUGAUGCUGUAAAGGGGGGUUUUGCGUUCUACGAUUAGUAUCAUUAAUCCUCUUGGAAUGCCGAAUGAAACGAAACCUGCAACAUUUGCUUAGAAUGAAGAUCAUUGAAACGCUUCGCUGCGUUAUCUUACGUUAGUUGGUAACCUAAACAUACCUAGUUCUGCCAAAUCGCAAGAUGUUUUUGACAUAGCUAUAGGGGAAAAUCACGAAAGCGAAAUGGAAUUGCUUGCCCCUUACACGGGCCGUCCCUGUGGAUACUGAAGAAACUAUAGGCUAUCUAAUAAUACAUGGUUAAAAGACAAGAACAACAAAAAAAGAAGAAUACGAAGAAUUGUAGGCGGAAAUUUAAAAUCAGUAGCCUAGAAAAUGUGUUGAAUUCAAUAAUCACGGUAUGAAUUUUUAGGCUUUACAGAAAUCGUUUCUAUGAUUUUAGACUGCAGUUAGUGUCGUUUAAAACAGUAUUUUUGUAAAUAAAAACGUCGGGACCUAACAACUUUUAUUGCUUCAAUUUUGACGGCAGCGGAAACAAAGGUGAUAUUCUAUGACAACUACAACUGAACAGAUGAUGAUUUAAAAAUCGUACGAUUUCUGGGGUAUUUGGACACAAAACAGUGCAUUUCGUGGAUUUGUUGAUGAUAGGUUUUAUUUUUACGCAAGAGAGGAAAGUCUGCUUUUGGGGUGUGCUAUCUUAAAGGAUCCACGGUGUCUUGUGCUGUUGGCAAGCAUGCCCACCUCACGCUCCGGCGCCACCUCAGUGGAAUACUGGGUCGACGGCUCGCGGCGAGAUGUCUCCAUUGAGGAGUUUUAUACUAUGGGCCCGGAAUUAGGAAGGGGGGCCACGUCAGUGGUGUUCCGCUGCGAGGAGAAGCAGACGCAGAAACCAUAUGCUACAAAGAUCUUGAAGAAAACCAUUGACAAGAAAAUAGUACGGACUGAAAUUGGAGUUCUGCUACGGCUCUCCCAUCCUAAUAUUAUCCGACUGAAGGAAAUCUUUGAGACGGACACGGAGAUCGCGCUCAUCCUGGAACUUGUGACCGGAGGGGAACUCUUUGACAGGAUCGUGGAGAGAGGGUACUAUAGCGAGAGAGAUGCCGCUCAUGUUAUCAAGCAAAUCCUGGAGGCGGUGGCGUAUUUACAUGAGAAUGGAGUGGUGCACCGGGACCUUAAGCCCGAAAACCUUCUCUAUGCUGACCUGUCACUGGAUGCCCCUCUCAAGAUUGCUGAUUUUGGCCUGUCCAAAAUAAUAGAUGAGCAAGUGACCAUGAAGACAGUGUGUGGAACCCCUGGAUACUGUGCACCGGAGAUUCUCAGAGGCAACGCAUAUGGGCCUGAGGUGGACAUGUGGUCCGUGGGAGUCAUUCUCUACAUAUUGCUCUGUGGCUUUGAACCGUUCUUUGAUCCUAGAGGAGAUCAGUAUAUGUACAGCCGUAUCCUCAACUGCGACUAUGAGUUUGUCUCCCCCUGGUGGGACGAGGUCUCACUCAAUGCUAAGGAUUUGGUCAGUAAGCUCAUUGUUCAGGACCCUCUGAAGCGGCUGACGGUGCAGCAGGCCCUGCAGCACCCCUGGGUACUGGGCAAGGCUGCCCGUUUCUCACAUAUGGACACCACCCAGAGGAAGCUACAGGAGUUCAACGCGCGACGCAAACUCAAGGCCGCUAUGAAGGCGGUUGUGGCGACCAGCCGCAUGCACGAGUGCUCACGCCGCCGCACAGACAGCUGUGAGGGGACUGCGAGCCACAAGACCUCCCGGCAGAGCAGCAUGCAGAAGGAACUUUCCCAGGAUUGCCAGGGCCAGCAGAGGCAGACUAACAGCACUCCAGAGCUCACUGAGAAAGGGCCUGACCAGAGCCAGUCCACUUCGCCCUCUCAUGCACCUCCACACAGCCCCAAACAGCUGUCCACUCCACCUAAGUCACCAGAGACACCUACCAGUCCCCUGCCUACCAGGCCGCCCCUAAAGCCAGAUGGCCUGAAACAAGCUUCUGUGAUCCCCAAAACUGCUGUUGUUCGAGCCACACCACCCAGGAAGACCUGCUCAAUGAUAGAUCCCACUGACAAACAUGAGGCCACUCCUCUCCUCCCCUCCCCACCAAGCCCCAAAAGCCUCAGCAAUGGCUUUGUAGUGGGGGUGGAGUCCAACAGUAAGACAGCUCAGUGCUAAUGUCUGCCCAUCACCAUAGAGCCACUCCCUUGGAUAGACAGGGCUGAAACCUGAACUGAUAUUACAAAAGAGGAUAAAAAGGAAAGAGGGAAAAACUGGUGUUAUUUCAGCUUCUGCUUCCCUUAACUUGUUGGAGGGGGGAAUGAAAAUGACUUCAGACCCUUAUUUUUCUUCAUAGUUUAAAAUUAGCCUUUGACCAAACUCUAGAAACUACCAAUGACACUUUUGGAAAAUGGCCGGCAAGUGUUUGACUUCUUGACCAUUCAGCCAUUUUGCCAUGUUUUGAUUUUCCCAAGUUUUACCUCCUUUCCAAUUGUGUAUAAAGCCACUACCAAAUCUCAAAGUGACAAGAUCCUUUUGAAAUGAGUGAAACCUUACUUUCUCAUGAAAUUGGAUGUUUUAAUUCUAUCUUCUCUGUACCUUUCCACUAUAAAGUACUGGAAUUUGUUAACAUUUUAUGCAAAUAUACUGUACAUAUAUCCCUUUCCCUUAUUUAAAGCUUUGCGAUAGUAAGGGUAUUGUGCUGUAUUUGUGAGCUUAUCAAUAUUGUAAAGGUGUUCAUGUGUUUUUGACACAGCUGUUAAGAAAACUUUUCAUAUGUAGGCUACUUUAAAUAUUUAAUUAAAGUGAUAGUUCACUUUCUGCAUUAUUCCAUAUUUUUGUUUUUGUCCUAGAUAUUUGUUUGUGUGCAAUGAAGGAUAUUUUCAAUAGUUUCUGAAGUUUCUUGCAAUGGUCUGGUAUGAGGGCAUUUAUACAGCGAGCUGGUCUUUGAAAAAUUAUGUAAGUAUUAAAAUGUCUUUUCCUGCACAUAAAACCAAUCUGGGACAAUCAAAAAUCAUUUACUUAAAACUGAAAUAACAACAAAAAACCAAGAAAGUGCACUAUCACAUUAAGUUGUUUCCCAUGAACAUUAAUGAUAUUGCUCUCCUGGAAUCUCUUUUCUCCAUAUUGGUGAUACUAGUUAAAGAAACUUGUUUGUUCCUCAAGCCACUUUUGUACAUGCCUGUUGCAUCUAUAGAGAUGUCAGUGGUUGUAUCAUAAUGUGGUAAGGUAAUCAGCUGCAAAUGUAUGUCUUAUUCACCACUCCCACACACUUCACAACCAUGCUCUCUACCUCUUGGCUGCAUUGGGGCUUCCAGAUCUAGACAGGAGAUUUUACGAGAAUAACACUCAAGCAUGAUACAAAUAUUUUGUUCUUGGCCACCACAAAGAAUUACGUAUAUACCCUAUAACAUAAUUUAUUAUUUCAGCACCCAUCACUAAUAAUGUCAAAGGGCUGUCGUCUGUGGACAUUCAAGUUUGAAUGAAUUCUGUUCUCUGUCCGAACCGAUAACAUUUUUGGACAGAAACAUUUACUUUAUAGUAAAACAGAAACACACCCACACUCCUCUAAAUAUUUCAUUGCCAAACAAGGGGAAAUACCAGUGAGUAAAUAUAAUGGGACAAGACAAAAAGGAGCACAUGUAGAGUCAUUCGUGGCUAUCAAUAUUAAAUUAUAUACAGAAAUGUACAUAUUUGCACCAUGUUUCUGUGUUCCAUGUUUUAAUUAAUAAAUAUGGUUAUAGCCAAGUUA